UGUGUUCUUUGUGUAGGUGGGCGUAAGUUUGAGUGAAAUCAGAGGGGUUGGGAGGUGGUUGUGCGCAGAGAUGAUGACAAAAGGAAGUGGGAGGAAGAGAACUACCUGUGAGCUCGGUGCUCUGGCAUAGAGGUGGCGGCGCUGGUGCUAUGCAGGUGGCGAGGCAGUUGGGAUUCGAGAGAUGGGUGAAGGGAAGAGAGAGAGAGAGAGCUGGGAUACAGAGACGCAUGAGGGAGUAGAUACAUAAGAGAGAGAGAGAGAGAGAGAGAGAGAGAGUGUCUGAUUGAUAGGUUAGGGGAGGGGUGCAGCCUUACAUGUGUGAUUGGCGGAGGAGGAAAGUGAUAAGGCUGGGCAGGAUUUUUGAGCGUUUUCGUGGGCGUGGAAAUUUUUUGAAGAUUGAUUUUAGAUGGUUGGAAUUAACUUGAGUUAAUAACGAUUGUUCAUGUGCUUAAUGGGGAUAUAUUUUUAACUUACAUCCUCUUAUUAGUUAGAUGUUUUGGCUACCUGCAGGUUACUUAAGGUCUGUUCCUCUCGUAAUGCUCGUCUACGAGUUGGUAUUUCCCAAAAACCUUUAAAUUUUGUAAACUAUCACUACCAUAGCCUACUUGGGUUGCCGGUCCACCUCCUUCCUUGACUCCAGUUCCAGCACCUUUCAUGGGUUUCCAUUCCAUUCUUUGAAUAGAUCUCUAGCUUUUAGUGUGCAGAUUUAUUCCAAGUUCAGAAUCUCAAGUUGGGCUUAGCCAAUACACUCUACUAGAUCCUGCCUGAGCAUGGGUCUUUCACCAAUGAAUAGGCAUUCAUGCCUUAAUAGGAUUUCUUGUUUCUUCUUAUUUAUUAUCAUGUCUGUUACAUGUGUAUUUUAAUAUCUUUGUUAUGUUUCUCAUUCUUCUAGACAAUUUUUCAGAUAAAUACCCAGAUGGCAAAUGGUGACAAGACAUCCUUGAGGAAAGCAGUUACAGAGAAUAUGUACUCUGCUCUGAAGAACGAAAUUAAGCAAAGAGAAUCCAUGUGGAGUAUGGUUUACUGGGAACUAGUAGAACCAGUUGUUAAAAUACGAACAUUGCGAGCUCGACUGAUUGGCAUAGAUCAAAAUGAUCUCAGUAAAGUUUUCAUACAGCUUACACUUGAAUUUUUGACAAGACAGUUAUGAUUACCUAGCCUGUUUGUGAAUACAUCGCUUGUGACCUGUCCCCAUGGUACAGUUGAGUAUCUUUGCUUACCAUUAAUCCGAGGCUUGCUGUCUGCAGCAGCCUUAGCCGCUGCCAUGUGUCAAGCUUCCCUAGACUUCUGGCUUUUUAUAAUGAAGUAACCAUGACUUGGGGGAAGAACAUGCUGUGACGGCCAUCCAUAAAAGGUUGAAAAUUUUGUGAAUGAG